CGGAGCCCUUUUCUUUCUUCUUGUUCUUGUUUCCCCUCAACCAGAUCAGAAGUGAAACAGAGGUGAGCUCAAUUCCUCGAGUAUGGAACCAACUGCUUUUACACAUUCCUCUUCUCUCACUAGAUUCCCUUUCCCUCUCAAAGCCACUCUCCGUCUCAACUCCUUACUUCUUCAACCUACCACUCUUCCCAUUCACACCACUCCCCGCCGAUCAGUUCAUCUACUCACCAAAUCAGCCUGCGAAAACCACAGUCACCAUCACCACCACCACCGACAUUGUUGUUCCGUGGGGCAAACGGCAUCGAACUAUCCUCAGAAAGUGCUGAUCGAGUUCGCUAAGGCUAUUGGAUGGGUUCGAUUAGCCAACUUCCUCAGAGAACACCUCCACUUGUGCUGCUCCUCAGCCGUGCUCUUCAUCGCCGCCGCCGCUUGCCCUUACUUGAUUCCUAAGACUUACAUCAAACCUCUUCAGAACUCCUUCAUGAUUGUUGCUUUCCCUCUUGUUGGAAUCUCAGCAUCAUUAGACGCAAUUAUGGAUGUAGCUGGGGGAAAAGUGAACAUCCAUGUUCUAAUGGCAUUAGCAGCUUUUGUAUCUGUGUUUAUGGGAAACGCGUUAGAAGGAGGAUUGCUUCUUUCCAUGUUCAAUCUUGCUCAUAUUGCUGAGGAAUUCUUUACUAGGCGUUCCAUGGUCGAUGUUAAAGAGUUAAAGGAGAGUAAUCCAGAGACUGCAUUGGUGAUUGAUGUGGAUAAUGACAAUGUACCAAACUUCUUUGAUUUGUCAUACAAAAGCGUCCAUGUGCACAAUGUAGAAGUUGGAUCCUAUAUAUUAGUAGGAACUGGUGAGAUUGUGCCUGUGGAUUGCCAAGUCUAUCAAGGUAAUGCAACCAUAACGGUUGAGCACUUGACUGGUGAGGUGAAGCCAUUGGAAGCAAAAGCUGGAGAUAUAGUGCCUGGUGGUGCGAGGAAUUUGGAUGGGAGAAUAAUUGUGAAGGUUAUGAAGGCAUGGAAUGAGUCGACACUAAAUAGGAUUCUACAGUUGACCGAGGAUGCAAACUCUAAUAAACCCAAAAUUCAGAGAUGGCUGGAUGAGUUUGGUGAGAUUUACAGCAAGGUGGUGGUUGUUUUAUCAGUAUCUAUUGCCUUCCUUGGUCCAGUUUUUUUCGAAUGGCCCUUUCUCAGCACCAUAGCAUGUAGAGGAUCUGUUUACAGGGCAUUAGGAUUUAUGAUGGCGGCAUCACCGUGUGCCUUGGCAGUUGCUCCAUUAGCUUAUGCUACUGCUAUUAGCUCAUGUGCCAGAAAGGGAAUAUUGCUGAAAGGUGGACAGGUACUGGAUGCUUUAGCUUCUUGCCAUACUAUUGGCUUUGACAAAACCGGGACCUUAACAACCGGUGGCCUUACAUGCAAAGCAAUUGAACCCAUUUAUGGGCAUGAAGAAGGAAAUAAUGCAAGUGUAACACCCUGUUGUAUCCCAAAUUGUGAAAAAGAAGCAUUAGCCGUUGUAGCUGCAAUGGAAAAAGGUACAACACAUCCUAUUGGAAGAGCCAUGGUAGACCACAGUAUUGGCAAGGACCUGCCUUCUGUAUCUGUUGAAAGCUUUGAGUAUUUUCCUGGUAGAGGCCUUACUGCUACAGUUAACUGUGUUGAGUCGGUAACUGAAGACAUGAGUAAACUGCAGAAAGCGUCACUUGGUUCUGUAGAAUUCAUCACUUCACUCUUCAAAUCGCAAGACGCGUCUAGGAAGAUCAAGGAUGCUGUAAACUCAUCUUCGUACGGAAAUGACUUUGUUCAUGCCCUUCUUUCGCUUGAUCAGAAGGUAACAUUGAUUCACCUCGAGGAUCAGCCUCGUCCAGAGGUACCAAAAGUUAUAGCAGAACUAAAAAGCUGGGGUAGGCUUAGGAUAAUGAUGUUAACCGGAGACCAUGAGUCAAAUGCUUGGCGAGUUGCAAAUGCCGUGGGUAUUGAUGAAGUCUAUUGUAACCUAAAACCAGAAGACAAACUGAAUCAUGUCAAAAACAUCUCAAGAGAUUCAGGUGGAGGAUUAAUCAUGGUGGGAGAAGGCAUUAACGAUGGUCCAGCUUUAGCAGCUGCAACUGUAGGGUUUGUCCUUGCUCAACGUGCAAGUGGCACGGCUAUAGCGGUUGCUGAUGUCUUACUGCUUCGAGACAACAUCACUGGUGUUCCCUUCUGUAUUGCAAAAUCCCGCCAAACAACAACACUGGUUAAGCAAAACGUGGCCAUUGCGUUAACCUUGAUACUCUUGGCCACUCUCCCAUCAGUUCUCGGAUAUCUUCCUUUAUGGUUAACGGUGCUGUUACAUGAAGGUGGAACGCUUCUUGUUUGCCUUAACUCGAUACGCGGUUUAAACGAUCCAUCAUAAUCAUGGAGACAAGACAUAACUCAAAUGAGCAGCAACUUCAACUAAGACACUUGUGUAAUGAUCGAACUCAAUUUCAUAUAAUCAAGUGUUAGAAAAUUUGAAUUGAA